GGCGUGUCACCUAGUGACUUGAGUCGAAAAGCAUCGCCGAGUUUUGCCUCCAUCCGACACCACAGCGCCGUUCUAAUCAUCUAAACGAACGCCCAGGUUACCUACCGUCAACUCUAGAUUGAAACAUAGUUAUCACAUCACGUCGAGAGGCGACAUUUCACUCUUUCAUCUCAUUGCAGCACCUGCGCCAGGAUGUCGGGGAAAGACGACGAGUACGACUAUCUUUUCAAGGUCGUUCUUAUCGGCGAUUCUGGAGUGGGGAAAUCCAAUCUCUUGUCUCGUUUUACGCGUAAUGAGUUUAACUUGGAAUCGAAGUCGACGAUAGGAGUGGAAUUCGCGACGAGAAGCAUCGUAGUUGAUGGAAAGACAAUCAAAGCUCAGAUAUGGGAUACUGCUGGGCAAGAACGAUACCGAGCUAUAACGAGUGCGUAUUAUCGGGGAGCUGUUGGUGCUCUUCUUGUGUAUGAUAUUGCAAAGCAUCUCACGUAUGAGAACGUGGAGCGCUGGUUGAAAGAACUGAGAGACCACGCUGACCAAAAUAUUGUUAUUAUGCUUGUUGGCAAUAAGAGCGAUCUGAGGCACUUGAGAGCCGUUCAAACCGACGAGGCCAAGUCCUAUGCGGAGAAGAACGGAUUGUCCUUUAUUGAAACGUCAGCUUUAGAUUCAACAAAUGUAGAAACGGCAUUUCAAGACAUCUUGACGGAGAUCUACCACAUCGUUUCUCAGAAGCAAAUCAGCAACGCACAAGGCGAGGACGGGUCAGCGCCGGGAAGCGACGUUCAGACGAUUGUUGUACAGCCAACGAGUCCGGAAGAAGAGAAGAAAAAGAAAUUGCCUUGUUGCGCACAACUCUGAUAAACUGUUGAAGUUCUUGCUGAUGCGAUGCAUUUAGAAUGGUUAUGUACGAGCAACUGGGGUGUUUCUUUUUUUUGUUUAGUCGUGGUGUCGGCCAUUGUUCAAAGUCACUUGCAAUUGAUUAGAUACAGUUCGUAUAUGUAUUGUGUAGACAGGAGUGUUGAGAAUUAUGCUGGAAUCGUGUGAGUA